AAGUAUCUACACACAGACCUAUAUAUCACUGUGUAUCUAUAAUAUACUCCACUUAAUAAUCCCCAUUUAAUAUCAACUAGGUCGUCUGCCUGUCAACUUCCCUGUCGUCUGCCUUGAGUCUCUACAUACUUUUUUCACUGUUUAAUCCAGCCUCCAGAGUUCAACCCCCAGCAAGGAUAAAGCCCACCAUUCACCAUGGGCGUCCGGUUCUUUCUCAGGGAACUCUGGACAUUCCGUAACAUCUUCAUCGUGAUCCUCACCCCACUCUUACUUCUCCCCAUACCCCUCGUUCUGAGGUCAGUGGAAGCUAAAUGCGCCUAUGCUAUAUUGGUGAUGGCCAUUUAUUGGAUCAGUGAGGCCCUGCCCAUAGCCGUCACCUCCCUCCUGCCCCUUAUCAUGUUCCCCAUGUUAGGGGUCUCUCCGGCAAAGCAGGUUGCGAAGAAUUAUAUCAAUGACACGUCCAUGUUAUUUGUCGGAGGCCUGGUCGUUGCUUUGGCAAUCGAAACUUGGAACUUACACAAAAGAAUCGCUUUACGGACGCUUCUUAUAUUUGGUACGGAACCAAAGAGGUUGCUCCUUGGUUUAAUGGUCACCACAUGGUUCCUCUCCAUGUGGAUAAGUAACACCGCAACGGCAGCCAUGAUGAUCCCCAUUGCCGACGCCAUUCUAAAGCAGCUGCAAAUGGCAGACGAGGAUGAUACAGUCAAGGAUAACGAUCAAAGCCUCAAGAUGGAAACCUAUAAGAAGUUGGACCCAGAAUCCACGAAGACUCUGGAAAAAACAGAAGCGAUAGAAAAUUCCACACAGGUAACAACAGCACCACCACUGCCAACAACAACAACGAAAGUUGCGACAACAACAACAACAACAACACCUGCUGAGACAAACAAAACAGAUUCUGAUGUUACUGAGAAAGGGCUCCAGUCCGUUAUGGCCGCCAAAACUGAACAAUCCCACAUUAGACUGUGUAAAGCUGUCUGUUUAUCCAUCGCAUAUUCAGCCAAUGUCGGAGGUAUGGGUACCCUAACAGGAACGGGCCCAAAUUUGGUGAUGAAAGGACAGUCGGAUUUGUUCUUCAGCGAGGUAGGGCUACCCCCACCAGUGACCUUUGCGAACUGGAUGCUGUUUGGCAUCCCUCUGUCAUUCAUCAACCUCAUCUUCAUCUGGUUCUGGCUCAUUGUCUUUGAGUUACGGCAAUGGAAUCCGAAAUUGUGGUGCUGCAACAAGGACGGCACAGGAAACAACCUGAGGGUCCGGAGACUGAUUCAGGAAGAGAUGAGGACCCUAGGGAACAUCACAUUUGCUGAGAUCCUGACUGGUGUUUGCUUCCUGGUUCUCACUCUCCUCUGGAUAACACGUGACCUGCAGUCGGCUGGAGGGUGGAAGAACUUGUUUAAGGACAAGUAUGUCACGGAUACAACAGCUGCCAUGUUCAUCUCCAUCCUGCUGUUUAUUUUGCCGUCCAAAGUUCCCAGAUUCUCCUGGAAAGGGCACGGCGCUGGAGGGUGGCCCACCAUACUCACAUGGAAAGUCGUGGAGACGAGACUGAACUGGGGCAUCAUCUUACUGUUGGGUGGUGGAUUUGCCAUAGCAGCUGUUUCGAGGGAAUCCGGAUUAUCUACUGUAAUCAGUGAUAACCUCAUGGGUCUUUCAUCGAUGACCCCAUGGGUGAUGGCUUUGAUCCUCGGCUUCAUCGUUGCCAUGAUGACAGAAAUUACCAGCAACACCGCAACCGCCACCAUCUUGAUGCCAAUUAUGGCGGAAUUGGCCAUCUCUAUUAGAAUGAACCCACUCUACCUGAUGUUCACAGCCACCUUGGCAUGUUCCUACGCAUUCAUGUUACCUGUGGCCACACCGCCUAAUGCAAUUGUAUUCGCUACAGGACACCUGAAAGUUACAGACAUGGUGUCUGCUGGUUUCUUGAUAAACAUCGUCUGUGUCCUGACUCUGACCAUGGCAUUGCAUACCUGGGGUGAGGCGAUGUUCCAUUUCACUGAGAUACCAAGUGCCUUCCUGGCGAAUUCCACGGCCAUUCCGGUGACCUCGUAGCAGACCGUGACUCUUGGAAUUGUCUGCUUUUAGAAGUUUAUUCUGAGACUGUGUCAAGAUGAGGAUUUCGAGGACAGAUGAACAUUUAUUUCACAGGGGUUUCUGGCAAACCUCGCAUUUGGUCAAGCGCUGGUUGUGUGUGUGUGGUGUGUGUGUGUGUGUGUGUGCGUGUGUGAGUGUUUCUGGGUGUGAAUAAGUGUUGUGCGUGUAUGUGUGUGGGUGUGCCUAUGAGUGUGUGCUUCUGGGUGU